AUGGGAUUAUUCAUCAAAACUUUCAUCUUCUAUCUUGCUACAAUAGCCCUCUCCGUCUCAGCUAGCGUUAAUCUCGACGUUCAAUCUCUCACUGUAGAUGUAAGGAGCGUCAAUGAAAACGUUUAUUACUAUGAUGGCUCCAUUGGUAAUUUCACUCUCAUAGACGCCGGCUUUACUACUGUUCACAACGGAACUCAAAAAGCAAUCGCGGAUACCAUUGUCCUGGUCCCAUCUACACCAACGGAGUUGGAUGAAAUUGUGCGGCUGAUAAGUCAAAGCUUACGUUCUUACAUCGUCCGACUGAUGGAUGACUUGAAACCGAAAAAAGCAGAUUUUGCAUCGAAUGGUCUUUUGGGGAGCGUGAUCGCGAGGUUGGAAGUGAUGAAGAGAGAUUUCCAAGCUUUCGAAAAAGUCUUGAUUGAGAAGCCAUCUGAAGAGGAGUCACUGCCACAUAUGAUUGAAGCUGCUUUUGAUAGUAUUAAUAGUGCUGUGAUUACUGCUAUUGAUUUUCUUGCUAAUUAA